AUGGGGUUCAAGUGGGCAAAGGGAGGGGUUGGAGACUGGGGCAAGGAGGAGGUUAUGGAGUGGAGUAAGAAACGGGAGAAUAAUGUCGUGCGCAAUCGAGUAAAGUCAUGCUGGAAUGCGAGACUGCGUGUGCCGACGCCGUACGAGCAUGCAUCUUCACGCGCGCUCACACGUUUCUUCUUUCUUUCUUUUUGUCAGGUGCAUCCGGACAACUCCUGCUGGACGUGCUUUGAGCAGGAAGCGAGUCUAGACGUGAUUUCUUUCUUCGGCUUCGAAGCGACAGUGGAGAAGCUGGCCUGCAAGCACUAUGCGGCCAACAUCAAGAAGGGCAAGGAGAUCAUCCUCUACUACAUAGAGGAGCUGCUAUCGCAGGGCGUCACAAUCCUGCCGAAAUGGGAGCCGGUCUCCCAGGCCAUGCACCCCGACGCCCUCUCCCCUGCCGCCGCCGCCCCGGCCGUCACGUUUACGAUCGCCGCAGAGACGGAGGCUGAGGAGGUGCGACCACGCGUCGACAGCAUGGUCAGCGUGAGCACGCUGCGAACACGCCGCGAGUCGGCGCCGCACGACGCGAUGGGUGGCGCCACCGCCGAUCUGCCCGACCGACGGAGCAAGGAGGUGCAAAAGAUCGACAGCGAUUACAUCGAGAAGUUCCUGGGACCGCUCAGCUUCCUGGAGGAGAGCAAGCUGAUGGAGAUGAGAAAGUGGAUCAGCGAGACUCACAAGGAUAAGAUGCCGAACGAGGCUCACCUCAUGCGCUUUCUGCGCGCGCGUGACUUCAACGUCGAGAAGGCGCGAGAGAUGCUGCACCAGUCGCUGCUGUGGCGCAAGCAGCACCAGAUCGAUCGACUGCUCACCGGCUACAAGUCGCAUCCCGUCAUCACCGACUACUUCGCCGGAAGCUGGCACCGCGAGGACAUGGCGGGCCGGCCCCUGUACGUGCUGCGGCUCGGUCAGAUGGACUUCAAGGGACUGCUGCGCGCUGUGGGGGAGGACGACAUACUGAGACACUUGCUCGCGACGUGUGAGGAAGGCCUGCAGAAGUGCGAGAAGGCUACAAAGACCCGCCAGAAGCCCAUAAGCUCGUGGACGGGACUCGUCGACCUGGAGGGGCUCAGCAUGCGGCACCUGUGGCGGCCCGGCGUGCGCGUGCUGCUGCGUAUGAUCGAGCUCGUCGAGGCCAACUACCCAGAGACGAUGGGCCGGUUGCUGAUUGUGCGCGCCCCGCGCGUCUUCCCUGUGCUCUGGACGCUCGUCAGCCCGUUCAUCGACGAGAACACACGCAACAAGUUCCUGAUACUCGGCGGCAACGACUACCAGGGCCCCGGCGGGCUCACCGACUACAUAGACACGCGCUACAUUCCCGACUUCCUCGACGGCGACUCGCAGUGUGAUAUGGCACCGGGUGGACUCAUCCCCAAGUCGCUCUACAUGGCCGAGGUUGACCAGGAGUUGACCGACGGACCGCCGCUUGAGACGGACAGCAUCUACCAUCCGGCCAACAUAUUCCGAGGCACGCCGCACGAGGUACUCAUUCCCGUCCUGGAGCCAGGCACCGUGAUAACCUGGGACUUUGACGUCAUCAAGGGAGACUGCAUCUUUGCGCUGAUGAAGACCAAGCGACCGGUCGACCUGGACAUCAUAGCUUUGCACAGUCACCAUCAUUCGCAGCACGGUCACAACAGCCCGGCCAGUCCGAAGCUAGGCACCGUGAUGGAUCGGCCGCUGAUGGCACUUGGGGUGGAUGCGUUUAACGCUGAGUCCCCCCUCGUCGUGCGAGAGGGAGACAGCAUACAGGUGAGGAUGCUAUAA